AUGAUAGAAUAUGGGCGAGAAGUAUUGAUGACAUUGAAGAAGACGAAAGGUAUCGCGAAAUGGUCAAGAAUCAAUCAUGAAUUGGAGUUUUUUAUAAUGUUCACUUGCAAAAGACUACUCCGGGUUAUCAAAGACAAAGGCGAAUCUUGGGCUAGUCAAUACUUUCGCGAUAAUAUUUUGAUUCAAAAUGUAUUCCCAUUCUUAAAAGAUCAAGCCAAUGUUAUUGAACCUGAUGAAGUUAUAUUUGUUCAUGAUAAAGCACCAUGUAUGCGAGCAAAUAAAACCCAACAUUUGCUUCAAGACAAUGGUGUUAACUUUUGGAGUAAUGACAUCUGGCUAGAUAAUUCCCCUGAUCUCAAUGCAGCGGAACAUAUCGGAUCAAUAAUCAAAGACGAAGUUGAAAAGAAAAUGUCGUUGGAAACUGGAUACAAUCGAUAUCAUGAAGGCAUACUUCAGAUGCAUAUCGCUAAUGUCUUAACUGGCAUGGAAGAAGAUACUGAAUUAUUUGAAAAUCUUCUAUGUUCGUAUCCAUCUCAAGUUCGUGCAGAAAAAAAAACGCUAACGGCCGUCAUAUGGAUUAUUAAUUGUAUCACUUAA